AUGUUCCUGUACUGGUGUAAGGACGGCAGGCUGGCGGUGGAGCUGUGGGCACUGAUGGCCAUGGUGGUGUGUGUCAGCGUGGGGCAGCGGAGAGAAGCAGGCUCCUCCUGCUACGGAGGAUUCGACCUCUACUUCGUGUUAGACAAGUCGGGCAGUGUUCAACACCACUGGAAUGAGAUUUACUAUUUUGUGGAUCACCUUGCUCACAAGUUCAUCAGUCCUCAACUCCGAAUGUCCUUCAUCGUCUUCUCCACCGAGGGUCGGACGCUCAUGAGGUUAACGGAGGACAGAGAGCGGAUUCGGGCCGGUCUGGAGGAGCUCCAGAGAGUGCAGCCGGGCGGAGACACAUUCAUGCACAAGGGCUUUCAGCGGGCAAGUGAACAGAUCUACUAUGGAACAGGCGACGGUUACCGCACAGCGAGUGUGAUCAUUGCCCUUACGGAUGGAGAGUUAAGAGAAAAUCAGUUUGAUUUGGCUGCCAGAGAGGCCAGUCGAUCACGACAGCUGGGAGCCUCUGUGUACUGUGUGGGGGUAAAGGACUUUAAUGAAACCCAGCUGGCCACUAUAGCAGACAGCAAAGACCAUGUAUUCCCCGUGAACGACGGCUUCGAGGCUCUUCAAGGAGUUAUAGAUUCGAUCCUCAAAAGGUCCUGCAUAGAGAUCCUGGCUGCGGAACCUUCCAGCAUAUGUGCCGGAGAGUCAUUUGAGGUGGUGGUGAGAGGAAACGGAUUUCUUCACGCCCGGAACGUGGAGAGGGUCCUCUGCAGUUUCCGCAUCAACGACACGCUCACCCUGAUGAAGAGGCCGCUGGUGGUACAUGACACGUACCUGCUUUGUCCUGCUCCGGUGCUGAAGGAACAGGGAACGUCUGCCUCUCUCCACGUCAGCAUGAACAACGGUCUGAGUUUCAUUUCCAGUUCUGUCACCAUCACGACAGUCAGCUGUACCGACGGCACGUUCCUGGCCAUCGCCCUGUUGAUUUUACUGCUCCUGCUGGCCGCAGCUCUGCUCUGGUGGUUCUGGCCCCUCUGCUGCACCGUGAUCAUCCACGAACCCCCACCACCGGUGAUGGAAGACAGCUGGGAUGAAGACGAGGAUGGCUUUCCCAAAAAAAAGUGGCCCACGGUGGACGCCUCCUACUACGGAGGCAGAGGCGUGGGCGGAAUCAAAAGGAUGGAGGUGCACUGGGGAGAUAAAGGCUCCACUGAGGAGGGGGCUAAACUGGAGAAGGCGAAGAACGCUCGCGUCAUGAUGCCGGAGGAGGAGUUUGAGCCCCCCCCCGCGCGCACCCUGAACAACGGCAUGCGCAAGCCCCCCCGGAGCCAGAAGUGGUACUCCCCCAUCAAGGGAAAACUGGACGCUCUGUGGGUGUGGUUAAGAAGAGGUUACGACCGCGUUUCAGUGAUGAGACCUCAGCCUGGCGAAAAGGGUCGAUGUAUAAACUUCACUCGCGGGAAAUCCUACCCACCUCCUCGUUACCCUCUCUACAAUCAUCCGUCUAACCAUAUCUAUAGCCUGCCUCACCGGUGUACCCCACCCCCACCCAGGGGCACCCUGCCCCCCACGCCACGCAACUCCGCCUUCUGCUCCUCAACACUGCCCCCUCUGCCUUCAACUCCACCCCCCUGUUCAAUGACCCCACCCCCGUACACUCCUCCACCAACCCGAGCUCUGCCCCCGACCAAUCAGGGUAUGUCUCCACCCGUGACCACUCCCUCCACUCCGCCCCCUUCACCUCCAAUACCACCCUCCCCAACUGGCUGUCUACCCCCAACCCCGUGUCCACCUUCUCCAACUGGUUCCCUACCACCACAUCCUCAGGGGGCUCCUCCGGGCAGAGCCCCGCCCCCAUCCCGCCCUCCGCCCCGCCCAUCUCCCGAGGGACCAGGUCUUCCCUGA